AUGGACGGCAAGUCUUAUCGAAUAACGUGCAGGAAAAGUGUGUUCAACAGGGAGAGAAACAAAUACAAAAGGAGCAAUGAGAGUUGGAAGGAAAAUGGUCCUGGUGCUUAUCAUCAGCACUUCCAGCGAGAUGAUUGGUAUUGGAAGGCAAACGCAUCAUACAGAGACCAAAGAACCAAUUACAGGCAAUCUCCAAGAGAUAGUGCAAGCUAUCCAUUAUCACAUCACUACUCAGUUUUAGGUCUUGACAGAACAGAACCAUAUACAGAAGAUGAGAUUAAGACGGCAUUCAGGACUAAGGCAAAACAAUUCCAUCCAAAUCAGGACCAGGAUAAUAAAGAAGUUGCGGAGGCAAAAUUUAAAGAGGUAAUGACCUCCUACGAGGCCAAAAAGCAAGAAAGGAAGAACAUGAAGGCAUAAAAACCUGAUCAAUCCAACAUAAAGUUGGGGAAGUGAACAGCAAUAAUAGGGAUGUAGAAUAUUGAAAGCCCUAUACUUCUACCUCUAUGGUUAGAGAGUGGACAUAGAUCAAAAUUUCUUUCUGGAAUCAACUGAGUUUAUACUGACGUCGUAUAUCUAGGCUUUAAGCGGGAGAUGAAUAAUGAAUUUUUUUUUUCUAUGCAUGCAUAAUGCAAGGGGGUGGUAAUGUAUUUUUUAGGCAUGAUACCAUGCUUUUAAAGCCUUCAUUCCAAUUUCUUGAAUGAUGUAGAGAAAAAUGAUGA